AUGGCUUCCAAAGGCGUGCGGCUACUCUUGCUGCUGAGCUGGGUAGCUGGCCCCGAAGUCCUGAGCGAUAUCUUGAGACCCAGCUGUGCUCCGGGAUGGUUUUACUAUAGAUCCCACUGCUAUGGCUACUUCCGGAAGCUAAGAAACUGGUCUCAUGCUGAGCUGGAGUGUCAGUCAUAUGGAAAUGGAUCCCAUCUGGCAUCUGUCUUGAAUCAAAAGGAAGCCAGCGUCAUAUCAAAGUACAUAACUGGCUAUCAGAGAAACCUGCCUGUGUGGAUUGGCCUGCAUGACCCACAGAAGAAGCAAUUAUGGCAGUGGAUCGAUGGCUCUACAAACCUGUACAGACGCUGGAAUCCCAGGACAAAGAGUGAAGCCAGGCAUUGUGCUGAGAUGAACCCCAAGGAUAAAUUCUUAACUUGGAACAAAAAUGGAUGUGCCAAUCGCCAACACUUCCUGUGCAAGUAUAGGACGUAGAGCAAGAAUCAAGCGUCUACCAGCCUUGCACAAACUCUUCCCACUUCCCUCUCACAUGGUGGCUGAU